AUUGUAUGGAAUUGUUUGAGCUGAACUAACCUCACAAAUAAAAAGUACGCAAAUCGCCGCUCUCACAAAAAUGUCACACUACACGAAUUAUACGGAAGCAAACAACUUCAGCAGCGAUUCGGAUGCGGAUCCUUCGCGCACAGACGCCAUAAACGAAAGAUUUGCGCCGUGUUCGCACGUUCGACAGAAAGCGGUCGCUUCCGAAUACAUUUUGCACGUGUGCGGCAACAGUCAGACGAAUCCUUACUUAGCUGUAACACUUUUAGAUAACUCUUGCGAAGUAUUUGACUUUGCCCAGGAUCUAACAAGCAUAGCUCGGUUCAAGGGACACGAGAAAAAAGUGGUUGAAUGCAAGUUUGAUGAUUCCCUCCUGUAUACGGGAUCGAACGACGGGACUAUAAAAUUGUGGGACACAAGGAGUCCGGAAAAGGAGGCCAUUAGUUUCGUAGAUAGGACUCUCGAUGCGACGAGCGAUCCGAAAUCCAUAAAUUCGUUCGACGUCUCCGCUAACAAAAGAUUGUUGGCGGCCGGAACGGAUCUGAUAGAUGGAGACGCUUUCAUAUUGUUUUGGGACGUGAGAAGUACAAAAUUGCUCGGAGGUUAUUGGGAGUCACACACGGAUGAUAUUACUCAGGUUAGAUUUCAUCCAGAUGACAGCAACACGCUAAUGUCGGGUUCUACCGACGGCCUGAUCAACAUUUAUAAUUUAGUCGAGACGUCGGAAGAUGACGCGCUGCAACAGUGCCUAAAUACGGAAAAGUUCGUGGACAGUUUGACGUGGUUCGACGAAAAGGGCCGUUAUAGGAUAAGUUGCGUGACGUCGACGGUCGACUUGCAGUUGUGGGAUCUGGACGGGGCGGAGCCCUACGCUCGACUCGAACGUAACGACAUCGCGAGCCAAAUAAUGGUUAAGACGGACGACGUGUACGUAGCAGAGGUCGUCGUGGGUCGUGAUCACUUGUCGAUUCUGGUUGGAUCAAAACGCUCGCUGAGGAGCUUGAAAAUGACAGCAGGGGCCGUGCAACGCGGCUCGCGAUUUGUCGAGAAUGGGCAGAGGGUGCGCUGCGCGUGGUAUAACAGAGAUGUCGAUUUUUUGGUUACGGGAGGAGAGAGCGGCCUCUUGGACGUGUGGCGCUUAAAGUAAUACAGACAUGUGAAAAUAAUUUGAAUAAAACCAUAUUUUGC